GCCUUCCUCUCCGGUCGCCGCGCGCGUCGCCGCGUUCUUGUCGGCGGCGCCCCCGCCCCCCGAGGGCUCGGUGGAGGUGGUGAGGAAGCUGCUCGGGAACGUGGUGCGGGAGCCCGGGAACGACAAGUUCCGGAGGAUCCGGAUGGGGAAUCCCAAGAUUAGGGAGGCGGUGGCCGACGUCGGGGGAGGGGUCGACCUUUUGGAGUGCGUGGGGUUUAGGAUCGGGGAAGAAGACGGCGAGAUUUGGGCGACGAUGGGGGUUCCGGCGGAGGAGCAGGUCGCCGUGAUCAGAGAGGCGUUGUCGUUGUUAGAUCGCGGGCGGAAUUCGGAGGAGUCCUCAAAGUCGCAGGCAACGUCGGAUGUGGCCGCGGAGAGAUCUACCGAGCCGAGGAAGAUCGAUAGGCGGGUCCGGGUGUUCUUUUGUCUUCCUGAAAGCGUGCCUGCAGAUAGUGAUCUGCCAGACUCAUUCUAUAACCUAUCUGUGGGAGAGGUAAAGAGAGAAGCUGAUAUGCGGAAGAAAAGACUAGAAGAGUCUCGAUUGCUUAUUCCUAAGUCAUAUAAGGAGAAACAGGCCUUGGCUGCUCGGAAGAAGUUCAAGAGGACAGUUGUUCGGAUCCAAUUUCCAGAUGGAGUAAUUCUCCAGGGCGUGUUUCUUCCUUGGGAGCCAACUAGCGUGUUAUAUGAGUUUGUGAGUUCUUCGCUGAAGGAGCCCAGUUUGGAAUUUGAGCUUCUGCGACCAGCAAUUCCAAAGCUUCGAGCAAUUCCUCGCUUCCCGCGACCUGGGGAUAAAGCGCCAACACUAGAAGAUGAAGACUUAGUUCCUUCUGCGCUACUGAAGUUUAGACCCGUAGAGACGCAGUCAGUUGUUUUCACCGGUCUGACCAACGAACUACUCGAAGCCAGUGAGCCGCUUACGGCUGCAACAUCUGUUUCCGAUGAACUAAAUGACAAUGGCCAUGAUUCUCAGUGAAAAAUCUCAUAUAAUUCCAUCAUUGUGCUUUUUUUUUUUUCCCGAAUGAUUGGCGAUAGAUGCAGGUAUUGUACUGCAAUUCAAAGGAAUUUAUCAUUUUGAUGUAAAUAAAUACUGGUUCACACGCAAUGCUGUAACAAUUGGUGAUGAGCUUCUAGCCUCUUUCCAGCUGCUCUGAAUUUAAUUUAUCAGAUAUAACUGAUGCUAGAUGUACUUGUGCACAUGUUUCCAAGAGAAUAAUUAUAUUUUGAGUGGGUUUGACAUU